AUGGGAGGUCUCUUGCGAUCUAAAGAAGGUGUUGAUGAGUGGGAGAAAAUACUGAAGAGCGAAUUAUGGGAUUCGCCAAUAGAUAAGACAGACAUUCUUCCAGCUCUAAGAUUAAGUUACAAAUAUCUUCCCUCACAUUUAAAGCAAUGCUUUGCUUACUGUUCAGUAUUUCCUAAGGAUUACGUUUUAGAAAAAGAUGAAGUAGUCUUAUUGUGGAUGGCAGAAGGUUUCCUUGAAGAAACUAGAAACAAAGGAAUGGAAGAGGUUGGUGAAGAUUACUUCCUUGAUUUGGCAUCAAGAUCAUUGUUGGAACAGUCAAGUGUCAAAAAAUCAGAAUGUAAAGAUCUUUUUGCAUUACCAAGAGACAUGCGAAAACUCAUUAACUUGCGUCAUCUUGAUAUCAGUGGAACUGGCAUAACGGAAAUGCCAAUGCAAUUGGGUAGACUAAAACGUGUACAAACUUUAAGUAAAUUUAUCAUCAGCAAACAUAGUGGGGCUUGCAUUGAAGAAUUGGGAAAACUUGCAAAUCUUCGAGGAAAGCUUUUUAUUUCAGAGCUCCAAAAUGAUGUAUCUCCUACGAAUGCUCUGAAAGCAUGCUUGAAAGACAGGAAGUACCUUGAGGAGUUGGUGUUGGAAUGGAAUUCAUUGGAUACUAAUAUUUCAGACUGUCAAAGAUCUGUACUUGACAAUCUCCGACCCCAUAGUAACUUGAAAAGUCUCACUAUCAACAACUAUGGCGCCGAAAGUCUUCCAGAUUGGGUUGGGCAUCUUUCGUACUCUAAGAUAGUGUCCCUUCACCUAAAAAAUUGUAAACUUUGUCCCUACUUGCCAUCACUUGGAGAGCUACCCUCUUUGGAGCACCUCUCUAUUGUUGGGUUUGAAGGAAUUGUUAAAGUGGCUCGUGAGUUUUAUGCCAAUAAUUCUUCAACCGUUAAACCAUUUGGAGCCUUAAAAGUUUUAAGGUUUGAGCGAAUGUUAAAUUGGGAGGAAUGGUCUUCUUUUGGUGCUGAAAAUGAAGGUAGAGCUUUUUCACAACUCAAAGAGCUUUAUAUUAUUGAUUGUCCUAAGUUAAUUGGAGGGCUACCGGUUGAUCUUCCUUCUGCAGUCAAACUUGAGAUUCAUGAAUGUCCGCUGCUGGUAGCUUCACUCCCAAAGGCUCCUGUUGUAUGA